AUCAAGAGAAGCCCAUCUGCAAUUCCUUGAUCGACCCGAGGCCCAUAAAGAGUGAAUUUCUCUCUCAUAUCAGUUAUCAUCUCCUUCAAAUCGAUAGACAAACACUUGGCAUGGCGGUCGACAUGAAAUGAAAGCCUUAUCACCCAAAAUUAUGGCUUCUUCCGCCGCGCCUUCUACUAUCCCCAUCUCCUCUUCAUUUCUUCAUCACCAGGAAUUCAAUCCGAUCACUCACUCCCCCUCCGUCAAGCCUCUUUUCUUCCCCGCCGACAAUAAUUCAUCUCUUAACCCACUCGUCAUCCGCUGUAAAGACAGAAACUUAUCCCAUUUCAUCUCGCCUAAACAUGAACCCCUCCCAAAAUCAGCCAUUUCAGCCGCCGCAAAAGCUGUUGUUGAAGAGAUAGAUGGGGAAGGUUCACCUGCCUCUACUCCCACAAAGCCCAACAAAGGCAAGGCUGCAUUUCUUCGCAUGAACGAUGGAAUGAGAUCGAAGAGGUUUUUGGAGAUUCAAAAGUUGAGGGAGAAUAAGAAAGAGUAUGACUUGAAAACAGCGAUUUCACUCAUCAAGCAAACAUCUUGCACAACGUUUGUUGAAUCAGCUGAGGCUCAUUUCCGAUUGAAUUUUGACCCAAAAUAUAAUGAUAAGCAGCUAAGGGCAACUGUAAAUUUGCCCAAGGGAACAGGUCAGCCUGUUAAAGUGGCUGUUAUUACCCAAGGUGAGAACUUUGAUGAAGCCAAAAAUGCAGGGGCUGAUCUGAUUGGUGGAGAGGAUUUGAUAGAACUAAUUAAAGGAGGUUUUAUGGAUUUUGAUAAAUUAAUUGCAACGCCAGAUAUGAUGCCUAAGGUUGCCAGUCUAGGAAGAAUUUUAGGGCCUCGAGGACUAAUGCCAAAUCCAAAAGCGGGUACAGUUACGACAAAUAUACCCCAGGCUAUAGAGGAAUUCAAAAAGGGCAAAGUUGAAUAUCGGGCUGAUAAAACCGGGAUUGUACACAUGCCUUUUGGAAAAGUCAGGUUCUCAGAGGAGGACCUUCUCGAAAACUUUCUUGCAGCAGUGCAAUCAGUAGAAUCAAACAAGCCAUUGGGCGCGAAAGUGUUGUACUGGAAAAGUGCCCAUGUGUGUUCAUCCAUGGGUCCUUCGAUUUGAUUAAACGUAAGGGAGAUGCUGGAUUUCAAGCUUCCAAGUUCCAACAACUGCUUAGUAUAGAUAGUAUAAACAUAAACCUGUAAAGUGUAUUUUAUGCCAUUGAAGAAGCUUCUUAUUUGGCCAUAGAGGGUAUAUAGCAAUCUACCAUAGAAGAGAAUAAGAGAUGUAAGAACCUGUUUAGUUGCAAAGAAUAUUUAUCAAUUUUUAAAAA